UUUACUCUAGCUUGGCUAAGUUACAGAUGUGUGGAAUACCCCGGCAAACAAACACAGAUGUUCCCACGCUUUAUCUAAUUACAGUUUGACUAUCAAAGUUCAAUAAGUUCUUGUUGAACUCAAAUAUGUGUUGGGACUAUAUAAGCCCUAGACCUUGGAUCUUGGAUAAGUUAGUUCUUUGCGACAUGUUGCGAUUGUUUGUGCUUAGCCUCACGUUGACCUUGGCCCUCGGCCAGUCCAACUACUGCCAGCAGGGUCUGUGCAGCGGCGGCAGCACGCACAUCGCCUGCCAGAACAGCGGAGCCUGGUCUGCGAGUUGCCCAACCAGUCCCGCGCCCUACAUCAUCGACAUGAGCCAGGAGCUGCGCGAAUUACUGGUGGCGGCCCACAAUGCUCGACGCAAUCGCCUGGCACUGGGCGAACUAUCUGGCUAUAGCUCGGCGCGGAGAAUGGCGCUUAUGCGCUGGAACGAUGAGCUGGCCAGCCUGGCGGAGCUGAAUGUGAAGCAGUGUGUGCGCCAGCGGGAUGCCUGCCACAAUACGGACCGAUUCCGCAACAGCGGCCAGAAUAUAGCGCUCUUCGGCUACGAGGGUGAGGCGGGCGCUCGAACGGAUCAGUAUCUGCUGAAGCAGGCCGUCACCAACUGGUGGCAGGAGCGCGACAAUGCCGACAUGGCAGUCAUCGAUAGUUAUCCCAGCAACUGGAGCGGAGAUUCCAUUGAACGCUUCGCCCUGAUGGCGCAGCAGCAGAAUAUCGCCUUGGGCUGUGCUGCGUCCCGCUUCUUCAAGAAUGGCCUCAACCAGUUUCUACUCGUCUGCAACUAUGCCGUGAACAAUGUCGCUGGCCAGCCAGUCUACGUGAGUGGCCCGGUGGGCGAAGGCUGCCAAACGGGCAUGAAUCUCAACUAUCCUGGUCUAUGCAAGUUUGCCGAGGAUUUUAAUAUAUAAUAAAUCAUCCAGGCGAUCCGAUAAUAAACAAGAUUAUUCAUAAAAAAAACAA